UCCUCCGGCUAAGGACUACGGUCCCUCUGGCAGUCCGGGACAUUAUGCCAGGCGGCGAGGGGUCCCCGAUCAAUCUCCUCGACCACCACUAUCAUCGCGCGUCAACCGCCGCCACCACGUCCGCGUCCACGGCGGACGAGUGCGCGAACGGCGACGAUGUUAGGACCGCGUCAUCGGCGACGAGCACCGGCACGACCUUCACCAGCGCGAUGACGAGCGCCCUAGCGGGCGACGGUCUCCGUCGCAGAAAGGUCAUACACGCGGCCCGAGAGACCCUCGAUAAGGCAUCUCGUCUUUUGAGACGAAAAAUACCAUGUACAGGCCAUUUAAUGACCCCCCGCCGCCUAUGGAUACAAAAGGUUCCUACUCAGGAAUGCGAUGUAGUCAUGAUGUUCCCCAACGGGGCAAACGACGAGACCUUGAUGUGGCUUCUAGGUCGGCUCCGGGCUGGAACCCCGGGGCUAGUAGUUCACGUGCGACAUCACGCCUCGUCGGACAGUUACGGGUUUUACAUUACGGCACCAUUUAGCGUUCUGCUCAAGGCCGCCGAGGAGAUGCAUCUUCCAAAGACCCUGAGACAGGAGUUCGGCGGUGGAUUCAAGGAGUUCGUCGGCUCCGAGGCCAACUGCUUCGAAGGCAGCGACGACGAGAUACGAUUCUUCACUACCCAGGAAAGACAGUCCCUGGUGUUGCACCUACUUCACACCCUGAGGGCCGGCCCUCACGAUCUCCAUAGCCUAUCCGGUCUUAAGAUGGUGGAGGGUCAAGCGAUUAUCCCAAAGUGCAUUUCAUCUGGUAUUAUUUCUCAGGUCUUCCCUCUUCACGAAUUACCCGCGUUAGAGAAACUGCAACGGAGCUGGGUCCGCGCGUUCCUCAGUCCCCAACCGUUGGACGAUAUUUGUAAAUACUUCGGGGUGAAAAUCACCAUGUACUUCGCCUGGCUCGGCCACUACACCACCGCUUUGAUCGUUCCAGCUGCAGUGGGUGUCAUAUACUGGGUCGGCAUCAUCGGCAGGAACCAAGCGGUGGAGGACGUGGCGUACGUACUGUUUUCGGUGUUCAACGUGAUAUGGGCUACCGUAUACCUGGAGACGUGGAAAAGGCGGGGCGCGGAAUUGGCGUACAGGUGGGGCACUUUGGAUCAGAGGGACGAUUUAUUGGUCGAGCCUAGACCUCUAUUUACAGGAACUCUCGAGAUUUCACCGGUGACGGGUAGGCUGGAACCGACGUAUCCCAGAUGGCGAAGAAAUAUGUUUCGAUACUUCGUGAGCGUGCCUAUUAUCGCAAUCUGUUUACUCUUCGUCUUCAUCGUUAUGAUUCUGAGUUUUCAGAUACAGGAUUGGUGGGACGCACAUCUCGAAUCUGGAGGUUACGGAUUUUGGCUUAGUUACGUGCCAAAGGUGCUGCUUGCGAUAGUGAUCGCAUUGAUGGACGAAGCGUACUUCAAAGUCGCGGUGUGGUUAAACGAUUUGGAAAACUAUCGACUAGACACCGAGUACGAGAAUCAUCUGAUCUACAAAGUGGCACUGUUUCAGUUUGUAAACUCCUUCCUAUCGCUGUUUUACAUCGCCUUCUAUCUUCAAGAUCAAGAGAGACUCAAGGAGCAAUUGGCGGCGCUGCUCAUAGCUCGCCAAGUAAUCGGCAAUCUGAAGGAAUCCGCGAUCCCGUAUCUGAUCGAGCAACUACGGCUGGCGCGGCUGAGCUUCGAGCUGUUCGGGGCGCUGAGUCCGAGCGAGGCGCGACCGCCACCCGGCCAGCCGGAGGGUGAGGAGAUGCAGGGCGGUAAGGACACCGAGGAGAAGGACGAGCGGCCCGACGGCGGCAAAACGAAGCAACCGCGAAACGUCAGCCAGGCAGAAUUGGAGAGUUCCCUCUACAGAGUAGGGCAUCCCACUAAUUCUCUACUUAGUGACGUUACGUUCAAGUAUGACGGAGCGUUUUCGGAGCAUCUUGAAAUGUUAUCGCAACUGGGAUACGUCUGUCUCUUCUCUUCCGCAUUCCCAUUAGCUGCGAUGGCUGCUUUACUUGGGAAUUUGCUCGAGUUACGCGGUGACGCAUUCAAACUAUGUUUCGUGCUUCAACGACCUUUCGGACGUAGAGUCUCGAAUAUCGGGACGUGGCAAAAUGCUAUGGAGGCGAUGGGCUUGGUCGCUAUACUGGUAAACUGCGCCCUAAUCGGACUGAGUGGGCAGGUGCAACGAAUGUUUCCGGAGAUGUCAGCAACGCAAACGAUUUUACUGAUCGUGGCAUUGGAACACAUCAUGUUCGCUAUUCGAUUCGUGAUUAUUUGCGCGAUUCCUGAUAUACCUCAUUGGGUCGCCACCGAGAUGGCCAAAGUGGAAUUCUUAAGGCGCGAGGCGGUCCGAAGGUUGUCCUCGACUCCGUCACCGGAGCAACAACCGACAACAGUGAUAGGGAGAUUCGUGGUGAGUCCAGCAGACGGAGAGACCGAAGAGCAGUUGCUUUCCGAUCGCGCCGCCUACGCGACCAUGUCCAGUCGUGCGGACACCCCGACCCUGGCCUCGACCACCACCCACACGCCGAGCGGUCCGACCACGCCGAGCGCCGUGGCGGUGCCGAGGAUCGCGGAAACGCCACCCCAGGCCGGAACCCCCGGCAGCGGCGGAAGCAGCAGCGAGACCAGCCCGUUCCUACCCGAGAGCAAUUCCAACGUCCGAGACAUUCGUAACACGCCGAGAUGUUCCAUACCCGGAGGCGAACGAGUAGGAAGACGCGCGAGGGAGUGGUUGAGCAACGAACCGGAAGCGUCCGGUACCAGCGAUCAGUAUAGCCAUCAUCUGACCAUCGGACCACACGGCGGCGUUGACUGGGUACGUCGGUUAGGCCUGGAGCCAGGUGGCCGAAAAUCUAGCGAUUCCGAGAUUAGCGGUGCCGCUGCGGCGAGCGUACGGGAGGAGGAAUUAACUUUGCACAGGUCAACCGAUUGCAUCGUCUCGAAAGAACUCGCCUCCUCCUCAGAUAGCGAUCUUCUCAGAUCGGCACCGCCGUGGGCGGUACCUAAUAGAAACCAGAAGUUCCGCUUCUCGCCCGAAAAGGAAAAGGAGCGCGAGAGAGCGGAGAGGCAGCAAUACCACCAACAGCAGCAGCAGCAGCAGCAACAACUGCAGCAGCAGCAGCAGCAGCAGCAGCAGCAGCAGCAGCAGCAGCAUCAUCAUCAGCGAGAAACGCACGAACAUCGCGAGCGACAGUCCUCCUAUCACGCCGAAAAGGAGAAGGACUCGAGCGGGCUGUCGGACUCCAGCAAGACUAUCUCGAGUCAGGAGGAGGAGAGGCCUCCGACGAAGGAGGAACGAGAGGCGAAAAAGACGCGCGUGAAGCAAAGCCUGAUGAAACGGGCGCGCUCGGUGGCGAUCUUCUCGCUCAAGCUGAAGGAACGCCGCGCGCGGGAGGCCGAGCUUAAGGCCAAGGAGGCGGAAAGGGAGGCCAGGUGGCAACAGCCGCAGUCGUGCGUCGGCGGCGAGCUCUCGUGCAUCCCCAUAGAAAAGCUUAUCUCCGUGGACGACAUCGCGGCCAUGGAGAUGCGCCGACCGACGAAUCAUUAGCCGCUUUGACGACUCUGACCGUCUUUCUCACACUUUUGUUUCCACGCUAACGUAGAGAGCCGUUCGCGUACCGCGACACGCGGGUCAAUUGCGCAACCGACGACGAGAUCGCGAGAUUCUCCGCGUAUUGAAUCGCGACGGAGAGGAGAAGAGAAAAAAAAUCCCGGAUCCCAACGGCCGCGUGCAGGUGCGCGUUACCGGACGAGAGAACGAGGCGCACAAUUUACGAAUCAUCGCAGAGACACGAGGUUUCCUAAUAGAUGACAUUCCGUAGAAACUACUCUCGAUACCGAUUCCCUAGGUAUCGUAGGCCCAGGGCAUCGAACCUGAUGGUCUCCUGCAGCUCGGUUCGGUUCCGGAACGGAGCGACUACGCGUGGCGCUUCGAAGAUUCUAUGCAAAUAAUGACCAUGUUCCGCGAUGAGGAUUGAAAAUCCUCAAAUACGGUUAUACGCGGUUUUGAACGACAUCGCGAAUAGCAACAUGAGGCUUUUAAAAUGACUAUUACUUCCAAAAAAGAAAGGGGAAAAGUAAAAACGAAAAUUUCGCUGACUUGUGGCGGAAUGAUUUCACGAAAGAUCGUUAAGAGCAUUAAUUUGUACGGACAGAAAAGCAAAAAAGCGUAAAUUUUGUCAAUUCUAAAAAAAAAAUUAAAGCGAUAAUUUUAUGAAGAAAAGCUAUAUUACUAAUUUUCUAAUAAAUACAUGAAAGUAUGCAUUAUAAGCUGAUUUUAAGAAUUCCUUGAACUCCCAAUUCUCGCGGAGAUCUUUAUUAUAUAGAUAAUUACAAAUAGAUUAUCAGAACACGCGUACGCACUGACGGCUGAAAUUAAUCCCGGGCGAUAAAAUCUUUAUUAUGAAUUUUUGUUUCCUAAACGCUUUAAAAACGCGCAGUUCCGAAACCGAACGUAUUCAUUCCGAUAAUUCUAAUUUUCCUUCGAUUCGAUGCUCUGCUAAGUGGCACAUUCUCCUAGCUUUAGAUCGCUCAACGUCGUAGACCGUUGAGCCUCAAACGUUCCAUUCGUAUCGUCAGUAUUCCACGCCGAAAUUAGAGUAUCCUAGGCUGUGCUCCAUAAUACGCGCGUGCAACGGAAUCCCGAUGGCGCGGUCCCACGCGACGAUCCGAUUCACCGCGGAAAAAGAAAGAGAGAUGUACCGAAAAAUACCGGCUGGAAUAUAGUCACGAAGGUCCCUUUCGGAGAAGAUUGUAAUGUAUCUGAUUACACUUUCUCGCUAAACAGCGAGCCGCCGAGUUCUCGGCGCGAAACUCAACGAAAAACUCUGGAGGAGGAAAAACUUUGUUGUUGUUGCGGUAAUAAAUUGUUAAUUAAUCUAUAAAAAUUUUAGGCAUUAAUGGAUUUAAACGAACUUUUUGCUAAAUAGAUCUCUUACGAAGGCAUAUCACAUUGUCGAGACCAUCCGCGUCGUCGCCGUCGCCACUCAAGUUUUCGCGUCUUCGUCCCCUAAGAUCGGACGCGCGCGUGGAUGCAGGAUGAGUUCGCGGCCCACGCCGCGAAACUCGCCGGCGAAAUGAGAUUAGAGUCAAGUGAGCAGAGCGCGGAGGUGCACGCGAAGCUCUUCGUCCAGACACGAGUUAAAAAGGAUCUAGUGGUCGUUUUUGUAUAUAGCGGAAAAAAAAAUGUUACGCAGAGAUUGUAAAAUCGGUUUCCAUGGCCUAGCCUCAUGUCCCCGUCCGCGGCUGAACUUUAGCGCAGAGUUGUUGAGUAUUACACACGAAUACACAUGCAUACAUACAAAAACACACAUACACACAGACAUACACACACAUCAUACAUACACAUAUGUACAAAACAUACGCAGAUACAUGACAUUUUAUUACAUCUACCGAUAUUGUUAGCUUAGUAUUUAUUAACCAUUAGAUGCAUCCACAUUGAGCACUGUUGAGCAAACCGAUAAUCGCGUUGUACGUAGCGUACCCUUCGGGAAUUUGCGAGACACAAGUGCAUUAGAUGCAAAAUUGAUAGAUUAGCCGCUUUUCGUAAAGGCAGGUCGGAAUAAAUUCAGCCGGAAGCAUCUGUGUUUGUUAGAUGUUUUGUAUAAAACAAGAGAAUUGAGCCAAUAAAAAUAUUCUACAAAA